UUAAAUCUUUAACUUUGUAUCUUUUAGUAUUUUAUAUCUUGUAAUUGAUUGAUCUAUAAGAAAUAGUCACAUUUGUCGGCACUCCCAAGUAACACGUCGCGUCGUUAGUUAUUGUCUUUCGUUUUUGAAAUCAAUAUAAUAAAAAUAAAUUAGAGGGAACUAAGGGCAAUUGAUUGUAUCUUGUUUCCCCCAUCGCAUGGCGACGGGCAAAAUCACCAGUAUUUAAAUAUCUAGGAAUAAAAUGAACGAUACACAUCUGGAUUUUAAAUUCCAACAGUUACCGUGUGCAUGACGUCGUUUAGAGUGCGUCGAAAUGCUUCCGUGGUAAGCACCACUCCCACAGCAGACGAAGAUGACGAGGACUGGGAUGAACCCGAAUCUUCAGAAAUAGACGAUGAUGGAAAGGUUUAUAAGAAUCCCAGAAAUUCACCGUCUACUUUAUGUCCAAGAGACGAAGAACAAGCUACCUUACUUGGUCAAAAAUGUUUAAGAAAAUGUUCGUCCGAUGAAGACUGCAAAAGUAAGAAGAAAAAGUGCCUUUGCGAUGGAUCCUGUGGAUUAUCUUGUAUAAAACCAGAUCGUGAAUGUCCUGAGCCAGAACAAAUAGCGUACGGAUCAGUAGCAGCCAGCGGAAAACUCUUUGGAGCUCGAGCUACCUAUACUUGUCAACAUGGAUACCAUGUCGUUGGACUUCAAAGCAGAACUUGUCAAGCUGACGGCCAGUGGGCUGGAAGUUCACCAGCGUGCAAGCAAAAUAUUUAUUGUUUGUCACCUCCUACGAUUGACCAUGCUCGUCAUAAUGCACCUGCCGAACAAACAACUUUUGACCUGGAUUCUACUCUACAAUACUAUUGCCAUACUGGUUACGUGACUAAUGGUUUUCCUAGAGCAAAAUGUUUGGCAAUAGAUGGACAGGCUUCUUGGUAUGGUCCGGAUAUAGCUUGUGAACCUAGAUCAUGCGGAGCACCAACCGAUAUUUCCCAUGGCUGGCAUGCUGGAGAAUGUUAUACAUAUGGUUGCAGAAUAACAUAUCACUGCGCCGAAGGAUACGAACUAGUAGGCAAGAACGAACGCUACUGCCAAGCGGACGGUACCUGGAAUCCGAAGGAGCUCCCUACGUGUGUUCUCGUUACAGCAGUCCAGUGCGCUUCCCCUGAUAAUCCUAGACACGGAAAAGCCAUUUUCACCUCCUGUAGCUACAACUCAGUCGUCAGCUAUGAGUGCAAGUAUGGGUAUACCUUGGUGGGAGAAAGUACCAGAAGAUGUGGAGCCGACAAGAAGUGGUCUGGAAGUCAGCCGGUUUGUAAAGAAAUUAAUUGCGGACACCCUGGUCGACUAUGGAAUGGUUGGCUUGAAAACAUAGAAGCUGGAACAGGUCUAGGAGCUUCUAUAAUAUUCAGGUGCCAUGACGGUAUGCUACUUGAAGGAAAUACGUCUACAGUUUGCCAAAUUGAUGGAAAAUGGAGAUAUCCGUUGCCAAAAUGUUUAGCUCCUUGCGUAGUGCCACACGUCACCCAAGGCAGCGUUAUUUUAGUCGGAAGAAACGAAACAGCGAUGACUUCAACAGUUGUACAACAUGGCGAAGCAUUGUCGGUAGAAUGCGACCCCCACUACGAGUUUUUAGCAAGUCUUUCACCUGUUACCUGUAACAACGGCACUUGGACAUCUAUGCCAAAAUGUGAUCCCGCCAGAUGCAAACGCCUUCCCACCUCUCCACGCAACGGAAUGGUAAUUGCUCCCAAAAUGGAACAUGGCAUGAAAGCAAGAUUCAAGUGUAAAGAUGGUUUUGAAUUAAAAGGGGAAGACCUAAUGGAAUGUUCCUUCGGAAAUUGGACUGGAGAGCUGCCAAAAUGUGAAGAAGUAUACUGCCCCUAUCCUGGAAAUGUGCAGAAUGGAAAAAUUUUGUUAGUUGGAAACAUGGGUCUGUACGACUAUCGCCCUUAUGUUCGGAAAGUAACAAACAACAAGCAAAUCAUGUACGAUUGUGACAAGGGUUAUGUGUUGGCAGAAGGUCCACCUGGAGCUACAUGUAUUGGAGGUCAUUGGAGCCCGAGAGAAUUACCUAAGUGUUUAUUGGGUCAGCAUCCAAGAAUCCGUUGGAAUCGAAGAAAACGGUCAGCCAUAAUGGAAAAAUAUAAAAGAGCCUUCAUUCGCAAUCAUAAAUUCAUAUAUGCAGGUAACCAAAAAAGAAAUAUCCAUAACUAUCUUCACCUUGCUGAAGAAGAUUUGAAUCUAUUACGAAAUAAAAGAAGUACUGUGGUGAAAAAGUCGCUUUAUCAAAGAGUUGCCGAAGCUCUACAAUUUUUUAACAAUAUUAGGAAAAAACGAGCCCUUAAAGGUGGAAGUGGUAGCAGGGCUCUUGGUACCAGCCACCGAGGUUCUAGCUCCAGUUUAAACUUAAGAAGAGGAAAUAAAAAGAAUCCCUACGAAGAUGACGAGGAUGACAAACCUGGAAAUCAGGUAAUAGAACCGAAGAAACCCAAACCGAAAAACAAAGGUCCUUGCGAACCAUUGUCCAGCGAACCUUACGUCAACAUCGAAGUCGUAAAGAAUGGAAGAGAAGCUAAUGUAAGUUUUAGCGCUGGUACCGUUGUCAAAAUGGCCUGUGGUAAAGGGUACGGGUUGAAUAUGCCGGAAAAUAAGACAGCCAAAUGCGUACGAGGAAAGUGGAGGCCCACACAGCCUAUGUGCUUGAUAUUACCGUGUUUCGUGCCUAUAACCCCAUCCGGUAUUUAUAAAUUAUCUAAAAACGACCAAUCUUCGUCGUCCAACGUUACAAUCGAUUAUGAUCAACCACUGAACGAAACGGUUGACAUAGAGAACGGACAGGUCGUUGAGUUCUCUUGUGAAGAGGGUUACCAGGUGCAAGGUCCAAGCAAUUUGAGGUGCUGGCAUGGAGACUGGGCUGUCACCAGUUUUCCCGAAUGUAGCCCAGCACCGUGUCAACUUCCUAAGAUUCCACAUGGACAUUAUUCAUCGGGAUAUAGAGCAGGCCUUACAAUAGCCAAUGGUUCCAGUGUUGCAUAUCACUGUGAAGGAGAUCAGGGACAACCUUCAAGACAUAUACAAUGUCUUCUGGGCGAACUGGAACCAAAAGUACCCAGCUGUAGUCCAAGUUCUGUUGGAGGAAAGACAGAGACUCAAUACCUAGGGGGUAGUGACAUAGUCAAAGGUGGAGAAAUCACAGUGAUCCAAUAUGGCAAUUCUGGAGGCAAUGCUUGUGGACCACCAGCAAAGGUUCGUGGCUCGUUAAUUUAUAGAAAUGGUCACCCCAUCGUAGAAGAAGACGACAGCAAUUUUCCAGACGGCAGUGAGGUUACCUUUAAUUGCAUAGAAAGUAUCAUGGGAGAGAAAACUACAUGGAAGAUUAUAUGUGAGGAUGGAAGCUGGAUAGGAAGGUCGCUCAAUUGUGAUUCAGAUGAUGUUGCUGGCACUCAGAUAAUAAACAACAACAGUACUUGCAUCUUUAGAAACCAGGAACCCAACGUUAUAUCAUUUUUUAAUGAUCAACAAAUUCGGGAAGAAGUGGUCGAGUUUCCUGCAGGGGCCAUUUUGAUUAGCCGGUGUGUGGAUAUAGGAAAAUUUGCUAUGAUAGGUCCUAAUAAACGAAGAUGUAUGGGGGGAGAAUGGGAUGGAGUGAAGCCCGCCUGUUUCGGUCUUAACCAGGCCAACGAUUAUUCGAUGGAAAAACCACCAACCAUUCUGUUUAGGCACCAAUUAGGACCUAUAGCGCAAUCAAAUGAAGGAAAGUUGAUUGUGUAUCCAGGAACUAUUCUACAUAUGGAGUGUUUGUGGAUAAGGCGAUUUGGUAAUCCAAAAUGGACUAUUAGCCAUGACUAUCGAAAAUACCCAGAGGGAUGGAGUACAGAUCCAGGACGAGAUCCACAACUAGAAUACAGAUUAUCUAUCUUCCAUGCAUCCAAAGAUGACUCCGGUUUGUUUACGUGUGUCACUCCUGCCCGUUACACCCACUCUGUAGAAAUUGAAGUAAAAGCUAUCCAUUGCCCAGUUAUACCCCAAAGAAGAGGACUGACGGUUAACACAGACAGUACGAAGAUGAACACUAGACUUAAGUUUUCCUGCAUCAAUGGAAAUGCUUUGAUAGGAGCUCCAGAGGUAGUCUGCUUACCUUCUGGAAAUUGGAGCUCACCAUUCCCUAUAUGUGAAAGUAUUGAAUGUGGUGAAGUUGGUGUAGUGCUUAGUGAACAUUUGAAAGUGCUUGUUGUAUCUAGAGAAGUAGGAGGGAGGGCAAUUUUCAGCUGUGAGCCGAGUUUCGGACUCAGGGGCCCUGCUGAGACAAUCUGCCAGGCUAGUGGUGAUUGGGCGACACCGUUUCCCACUUGCGAAGAGGUACAUUGCGACAAUCCAAAUGCACCUGAAAACGGUUAUAUUCAAGGAACUGGCCCUUAUAAAGCGGGAGAUGUGGUGCAGAUCAAUUGUAAUCCAGAUUAUAUGAUGGAAGGGCAACCCAUUAUCGCUUGUCAAGAGAAUUCUAGAUGGUCUGGAAAAAUGCCAAGAUGUGUGCAAGCAUGCUCCUACCCUGGUACUACUAUAAGCGGCAGAAUGUCUUCCGUGAAGUUCUUUUACAAAAUCGGCGAAAACAUAACGUUCACGUGCGAAGAGGGGCUCCAACUAAAGGGUGCAGCAAUGCUGAAAUGUUUGAAGAACGGAAAAUGGUCAAACACAAUUCCAACUUGUCUUUCAGCGGAUGCCUCUGAGUCUCCCAAGCAAGUCUCAGUUUUUUAAAUUUGGUAUUCUAGAAGAGGAACGGAAUGAUACAGAUUAUGAUACUACGAGUAUAAGUGUUAAACAGAUGAUAUCUUCUCUAGAAAGGAAAAUCAAAAAGGUCUUAAAUUGUAACCAUUAGACUAUACUGUCCAUUAGAAUUGUAGGACAGGGAUAAUACAUAUAAAACUAUAUCAGAAAAUAAUAUUAUGGGGAAACAGUGGAGUUUGUUAUACUUUUAAGAUCACCAACGGUGAGUGGUACUGUACUUUAGACGACUUAAUAAAACAAAAAGUAAAGCAAUCAAAAAGUUAUGUCAUUAACAAAUAAUAUAAAAAUGUUUUCUAUUAACAUACAUAUAUAACUGAAUUAGAAUAAGUAGAAUUUAUUUAUCCAACAGAAUUUAUAUGUGUGGUUAAAAUGUGUUCUGCUCAUCUCUUCACUAUUAGAAAUGUUAAUUUCUUUGUUUGCCAUUAAGUUUAAUGUUUCUUACAUGAACUGCUUUUGAUGAAAUAAAAACUCUUGAUAUCGUUUUAAUAUCAAUCAUGA